AAAUAUCAUUGGUUUGAAUAUUGCGCAUUGAAUUGAAAUGUUGAACGAAGUGUUCAAUGACGACAUAAGAACACUGGUACCAUACAUUUCAAGAAAAAUAAACAUGACAAACACCGAUACCAAUUAUCUCGACAGUCUAUGCUAAAAUUCGAAAUUGUUUAAUUAUUCAAUUUGAAUGAUAGUUUAGUCAAAUCAAGCAAAUAAUUCACGAUUGUGUAUGAACAAAAAUAAAAACAUAUGUAUUGUAUUAUGAAAAAUGUAUUUAUUUUAACAAUCUAAAAAAAACAAUCAAAACUUCCAUACGACCCCUUAUUUCAAUAAUGUAGUUAAUGAAAUAAUUUUUAUCAGCAUGAUGCAAUGUUCAAGCUAAGGUCCAGGUAUUAAUCACCGGUAUAUAGUAUUCAUUAUAGUUAACUAUUUCAAUAUCCAUAGCUAACUAUUAAUGAUUACUUGUUUUCUCUUAUAGAGUUUAAUAUAGCACUCUCAUGCCUAGCUAUGCUCUAAGCAUUUGUUUUCUUUAUCACAAUAUCAUUUGCUGUUAUUUAUUAAAUCAACUUUGUUUCUAGCUUUCUAUUCCUAAUUAUUCACUUCUUACCAACUUAUGUGAAUGCUAAAUAUAUUUUCCAUGUCUAAUCUAUUAAACAUAAAUGUUGCUUAUUGCUUAAAUUCAAUGGUAUCCAUGUUAGGUUUGAUGUCACCAACAUAUUCUCUCAAUUUCUCCAAAAAGCAUAAUAUUUUGCGAUUGAUAUCGUUAGGUAAAUUUCAACAAACUCAAUCAAUAUUCGAACUCUUCGAAAUAGCUAUCUACAUGCGAAUAUGAAGUACUGAGCAACUAAAAUUCUACUUGAGUUAGUACAAUCUUUUGCGCUAUCGAUUCAAAAUUCAAUACAUGUUUAUCUUAUUACAAUUUAGUCAUACUAAUUGUGCAGUAGGGGAAAUCUUAUCAAAAUCUUAAAGAAAGACUCUUUGAUUGAUCGCUUUCAUGAUGUAAUCAAUUAUACCAAAAUAGAAGUGAUCAAAUUUAUAAGAUGCACUCAAAGUUUGCUAUAAUUAUUGAGGUUCAGCAGCACGUUAGGCGUACGACGGUCAUUGGGCAUUUCUCUAUCUCCUAGUCUCUGCCAGUUUGUUUACAAAGUGAUUACCAAAAUCAUGACUGAACGGAUGGCUAGCAUUCUCCCUCAGAUCGUUUUGGAAGGCCAAAAUGGUUUUAUCAGAGACUGGCAGAUUAUUGAUAAUAUCCUUAUAGGACAUGAACUAAUGCAUUAUCUGAAAAUAAAAAGGCAAGGGAAGAAGGGGUACAUGGCUCUGAAGGUUGACAUGGAAAAGGCCUAUGAUAGAGUCGAAUGACCCUUCCUUCUUGCAGUUUUGGAUAAGAUGGGUUUUAAUUCAGUCUGGCAAGGAUGGAUACACGAAUGUCUCCGAUCCUCCUCUUUCUCAGUUUUGAUGAAUGGUACACCCUCGGGUUAUUUCACUGCCUCUAGGGGCCUUCGCCAGGGAGAUCCGCUCUCUCCCCUCUUGUUUGUCCUCUGCACAGAGGGGUUUGCAACUCUCCUUCGAAAGGCGAUCACGGAGAAAAAAUUAGAGGGGGUGAAAGUAGCUCCUCGUGCUCCAAGAGUCUCGCAUCUGUUCUUCGCAGAUGAUUCUUAUUUAUUUUUGCGAGGUUCUCUGCAGGAGUGCGAGAACUUAAUUGAGGUGCUGAAUGAAUAUGAGGAAUUAAGUGGUCAACGCGUUAACUUGGAGAAAUCGGCGGUGUGCUUUAGCAAGAAUAUUUCCACGCCAGAUCAGGAGUUCUUGGCCACGAUCCUAGGAGUUGGUGCGGUGGGGGUCCACGAUAAAUAUUUGGGGCUACCGACGCUGGUUGCUCGGUCCAAAAUGGCUACUUUCAGAUAUUUGGAGGAAAAACUCCUAGAGCUACUUCAGGGGUGGAAACAGCGGACAUUGUCGUGGGCUGCGAAGGAAACUUUGAUCAAAUCCAUUGUGUUGGCUCUUCCCCUUCAUGUUAUUUCCUUUUUCAGUCUUCCACUGACUCUUUGUCAUCUUUUAGAUAGGCAUGUGACCCGUUUUUGGUGGGGUGCUGAGGACGGUCAUCCCAAGAUAAGAUGGGUAUCCUGGCGGAACAUGUGCAGGAGUAAACAUGAUGGGGGGAUGGGAUUUCGUCAGUUCGAACAUUUUAACCAAGAUCUUUUGGCUAAGAUUGGCUGGCGUAUUCUCAAUGAGCCCCAAUCACUUAUUGCCCAGAUCUACAAAGACGAGUAUUUCCCUCAAGGGUCUUUCCUGAAUGCGACUGCUAGGUCUCGGCCCUCUUGGGGGUGGCAGAGUAUCCUUCAUGGGCGUCAGUUAUUGGAGAUGGGUUUGAGAUGACAGGUUGGUAAUGGGAAAUCAGUCUCCCUCCUUCAUGCUAACUGGAUUCCUAGGUGUCAACUAGACCCCCUCCAUGUUAUAAUACGCGGAUCUUGCCUGGGGGGGGGGGGGGGGGGGGGGGGGGGGGGGGGGGAGGGGGUGAUCCCUUGGUGGUGGAGGUUAUUGGUGAAGGGGGGGGGGGAGGUGGUCUGAUGAGAAACUCAGCCAAUGGUUUGACCCGUGUUGGGACUUUUGGGGACGAGGGUAUACGUACGAUAGCCCGAGACCGGGUGACUAGGAUUAUGAUAGAGUCGUGAACAACGUUCACUUUCCGAAAAGAAUAUUUCCACCCUCUACAAAGCCUUGGGUUACAGGAAAUUUCUCCCGAGGAUAAAACUAUCACCACUUUAGGUUCCAGACUCAAGAACACUAAAGCAUACUUAGAAAUUUUUGGAAGAAAGAAGAAGAAUCUGUUUGAUAGUAUGUGGCACCAUCCACCCCACCCAUAUAUUUAUAGGGGCCGAAUCCAUGCAUUGUUUCAUGAAAGGUUGCCUUUAUUCAUACGAAAGGUUGCCUUUAUCCAUAUGGAAGGUUGCCUCUAUCCAUAUGAAAGGUUAUCCUUAUCCAUAUGAAGGGUUGCCUUUAUCCAUAAGGUUAUCCUUAUCCAUAAAUAAUGCAACAGCCACUAGGCUGAAGGGAUGUGUCCCUUCACGGAAUUAGAAUAUUGGUUCGGUCGGUCUAAUCCCAAACUGGUUGGUCGGUCCAACCCAAAACCGGUUUGACUUGGUUAGUCCGGUUCAACCAAAUUUCCAACAACCCGCCCACCUGUAAAGCUAUUAAAGCUAUUCCUCUCCCAUGUUGGGAUGUUCCUGAUAGGAUUAUCUGGCAUUUUACGGCCGACGGGGUUUUCCCGGUUAAGUCGGCUUACCAUUUGGUUGUCGAUUUGGACAAGAGGAGGGGUGGGUGGCGAUCUUUGGUUAGCUGGAUGGAUAAGCCGAGUUGGAUUAUAGUUUGGGAGGCGAAGAUCCCUCCGAAGUUGAAGGUUUUUGUUUGGAAAAUUCUUAAUCGAGCUCUGCCGACUACUGAGGCACUUAUUGAAAAAUAGGUUCAGGUUCUACCUCGGUGUCCAGUUUGUUGGGAUGGUACGGAGACAAUGGAACAUCUGUUUCUUUAUUGUCCGGUUGCGCGGGCACUCUGGGACUAUUCUGGGCUGGAAUACUUGGGGGAGGGUUUGCCUCGACAUACUUUUCCUUUGUUUCUCAAACGUCUGCUGGCGCUGAUUCAGCAACCGUCAGUGUUUAUGGCUGUUGUUGCCGUCCUUUGGAGGAUCUGGCGAUCUCGGAAUUGGGUAGUCUUUGAAGGCAAACAAUUUGGGAUCCCGGCGCUCAUGCGACAAUUUCACCAACAGUAUGAGGAAUGGGUGAGUAUACCAGCGGACCAGGCACGUAGGGUGCAAAUCCCGAGGAUGCAAUCUCCAACACAAGUGGGCGAUUCACAUUUGGUUUGCAUGUGGGACGGGGCUACUAAGGGUGGGUCGCACUCGGCUGGUGGGAUGGUUCUUUUUGGCCAUGCGCGGACACUCCUUCUGGCUAAAGGGGUCCAGUUUUCUCACAUGGAUGAUCCGGUAGUGGUAGAGUUGCUGGUGCUCAGGGAAGCUAUUAUUUGGUGUGUGGAGCAAGGCUUGUCGGAGGUCCGUUUUGAGGGCGAUGCGAAGGUGAUUAUAGACAAAAUUAAUCAAGCCGACACAAGAGAUAGCCGGUUGGGUGCUGUUCUGGAAGAGAUUAGUCAUUAUUUUCGUACUCAGCAUGACUUUAGUGUGCGCUUUGUAGGACGUGAGAACAAUAGGGUAGCUCAUUUGGUAGCUAGGAAAGCCCUCUCUUUGUAUCCGACUAUGAGUCGCUUCUUUGAUUUCCAGACCUGGCUGGCUUCCAGGGUGUAACUAUCUAUUUCUCGAUCAGUACAUGAUAUCUUUUGACAAAAAAAAAAAAAAGACAUGCUUAGACAUUAUAAUGAAAAUAGCAAUUUUAA